AUGCUACCAUGCAUUAAUUGGCUUCAGCCUCUCCUUGCAUUGAUUUCCUCUUCCUUACUCACAAGAGGCCACAACUGCCCUUUCAGGUGCUUGUGUCCCGAUCACCACACCGUAAACUGCACAAACCGAGGCCUUACUCGAGUCCCAGACUCUAUCCCUUUGAAUGUUCGUCGUCUUUUGCUCUCCAACAAUUGGAUUCCUUGGAUCCCCGCUGAUUUCCUUGUUCUUUAUACUGAUUUGGUCUAUCUGGAUCUAAGGAACAACUCCCUCUCGCAGCUCGAGCCUGGUACCCUGAGCACCUCAUCUAGAUUAGUCUUCUUGGACCUAGGGUGCAACAAUUUAACAGAAAUCCCUUCAGAAACUUUUGAGGAAUCAAGGAGUCUUAUCAAGCUACGACUUGGAAAUAACCCCUACCUGAGCAUGGUUCGAAAAAAUGCUUUUGUGGGGUUAACUUCAUUGAGGGAGUUGGAGCUGCAACAAAAUGGUUUCACUGUUCUUGAUGUUGGAGUUCUGGAGCCCCUUCCUUCCCUGCAAGUUCUGCGUCUGGAGGGCAAUCCCUGGCUGUGCAACUGCCAAUUUGCCAAACUGUUUAUGUGGAUGAAAGCAAACCAACACAAGCUCCCAUCAGGUAUCGAGGGGUUAGAGUGUUCCUUAUCCGAGGAUGGACAUCGCAUUCCUCUUAAGUUACUCUCUGAGGACAGCUUCAAAGACUGCACUAAUGUCCUGACCCUUACCGACUACCUUAUAGUAAUUUUUUCUGGUAUCUCUGCCUCAGUCGCUGCAAUAGUGGCCAGUUUUCUCUUGGCUUCCACAGUCCAUUGCUUCCAACGGCUCCGUAAAGGCACCAAGACUGAUGAGGAAGACGGAUAUAACUAGCAUGCUGGAAAAUAGUUGAACACAAACCUUAUGCUGACAGAUAAUGUGUAUUCUACAUAAAUGUUGUUGUACAAAAAAAGCUUGCACUAAGAAAGUGGUUAUGUACAUUAGAAGUUGUAUUUGCAUGGUUUAAAAUGACAACUUGAGCUUUUUUGUUGGGGGGGUCAAACUUUUAAAAUGUCAUUAAAGCCACCUGUGUUUCACAAGAAUAUAAGAUUGAGUACAUGCAGAGCGAGGGCUAGAAAGCACUGACAAAGGGAAAUGUUUUGCUACAUUCAUACCAGUCAUGUGCAUGUUUACACGUUUACACAGACUUUUCAUUGGAAGUGGUCGCUUGGGCGCUGAAGACAGUGUGAACUCAGCCUCAGGGUUCUGAAUCAGCUGUGGGGAACCACAGGAAGGCGGUACAUAUAUCUAAACAGUGAUGUCUUUUCUCCAAUCUGACUAAUAAGACAUAAUUAUACUGCAAGAAUUAGAAUAAUGUCUAAAUGUUUGUACAGUCUGUUUGCCCUGUUUGAAGAGCAUGACAGUAAUUUAAAAAGUGCCUACUUAACCACCUGGAUAACCAGCCCAGUCUCAGUAAAAUGCGUACAUGU